AUGAGCGACCAGUCGACACUGGACAGUUACUUCUCGUCAACUCAAGUAGUAUGCAAAGAUGUACUCCGACAAUAUGCACAACACGGUAUAACAGACAAACUUCGUCCUGUUGUUUGGAAAGUAUUAAGUGGAUAUCUUCCAGAGGACACUUCUCUCCACGAAGCCAAGCAAAAAAUCAAAAAGGCGGAAUAUUGCAAUUUGGUUAAUUUCCAUUUCCACGUUACGAAACACAAAUAUCCAAAAGCAUGGAAGAAUGUUAAAGACCAAAUUGGGAAAGACAUUCCACGUAUGAGUCUGAAACCUUUCAAGAUCUUCAAGUGUAAACAAUUUUGUCAAAUGUUAGAAAGGAUCAGUGUUGUGUGGUCUUUUGAGCACGCUGAUAUUCUAUUCUUCCAAGGGUUAUUAGAUUGGGUCGCUGUUAUCAUUCUUCCAUUCUUAUUUGAACAUGUACCAUUUGAAGAGGCGAGAGAUAUUAGCGAUAUAGCACUCUUCACUGAUAAAUGGUUGUUACAAAUUGAAGCGGAUUGUUACUUCACGAUGAGUAUAGUAUUAGAAAAAUACAGAGAAUUACUCGAGGCGGAUUUUGGAAGGAUAUUUAAUGCUAUACAAGUGCUAGAAAAGUUGAUUGAAGUCCACCACCCUAUUUUACAUACAUUCUUACAAGAGUAUCCCACAGCAUAUAUGAUCGCAACACGCUCCUUCAUAUGUCCGUUCACUCGGAACUUCUACGCACCUUAUGUGUUUUAUUUGUUUGACGCAUUGAUGACAACGGAAAUGUUGCACACCCACUUUUACUUUGUCGCAGGGAUGUUCUUGGAGAAUGAAGAACUCAUAAUCCAAAGCGAAGACGUCAUACAAACUAUUCAGUCGUUGCCAACACAUGAGUGGGGGUUGAAUAAAAUGCGAAUUUAUAUAUCAAAUGCGAUGAUGCUGUAUUUUAAUGACACAAAGAACUUCGCAACAAUCUUUGCACCAAUGAGCGACCCAUUCGAAACACCUCCAUAUCUUAAAAACAAUACAUCACAACUCACUCUUAAACAACUCCCCCAUCUCGAUGUUAUUACUGAGUGCAUAUUCAGAUAUGCACUGGCGUUUUUGAUAAUCCGGAUAUUCAUUUCACUCUUUACGAUUAUUGCAAUAAUCACUGCGACGACCGUUAAAAAGAAGUUAGAGUUACAAAAGAAAUAA